AUGACGGCUCCUAUGGCACAACCGACUGUUACGGUCAAAGAUCCAUCCGCAGUGCGAAAGCGCAGAAGACGUGCCCCCGCCGGCGGUGCUUCUGAUGAUUGCUUUUCUUGUUCUAAGAAAAACAUCAAGUGUGACCGUAGACGGCCAUACUGCUCUCAGUGUCUUGAAGUCGGAAGCGAAUGUUCUGGUUAUAAGACACAGCUUACUUGGGGAGUUGGUGUCGCUAGUAGAGGCAAGCUCCGUGGCUUGUCUUUGCCUAUCGCGAAAGCUCCUCCCGUCACUCGGGAGCCUAGAAAAUACUCAAAUACCUCUUCCAGGCCCAGCUCUGCCGUUCAUCGUCAUGGAGCUGAAGAUGAAGCCAAGCGAAUGCGCCAGGGACCCAUUGAUAUCCCUGCGGUGAGCCAAGUUGCUUCUGCACCUACUACACCUUUCACUAUGGCAGGAUACGACUACAUGUCGAUCUCACAUCCUGACCACUCAGCUCCUAUCCAUCAAGGACACUGGGGAGCGGUCAACUACUCCCCGGCACAAGAUACGACACACAACCUUCAUCGAUAUCCGGUGCCUCUCGUCACAGAAAACCUCUCAUCAUCCAUCGACCCCCUCACUCCUGGCUACGCAUCACCUAUGAGCCAAUCUUACACGAGAGACGAUGUAUCCUACGUUCACAGCCCGUCCUACAUGUACGACAGCUAUACCACGGGCACCAGUUCUCCCGGCCCACAGAGUCCUCCUUCAUCUCUCUACAUCGAACACGCGAGAACAUUCGCCCCAACCUCAUGUCCCAGUCUCGCCCAUGCUCCUUCAGAGAUGAGCUCCAGUCUUCACUCUCACACCGACACCUUUGAUUCGCAUCUGGGUAACAGGAUCGUUCGAGAUUGUGAUUCAUUCGGCGUGCCUGAAGUCGAUACAUACAGCGCUAGCUACAGCUCAAUGCCCAUCUCCUGGCAUUCUCCUUCGAUGCAGGAUGAAGAUGUCAAAUCUCAUCACUCGGACUUUGCUCCCUCGGGUUGGCCCACUGCUUCCGAAAACCAAUCAGUUCAUGUGAGCCAGGACCUCAUCUCCAAGAUGCCCUUUUUUAUGGAUUACUACGAGAACAUCAUGUGCCCCUCAAUGGUCUUCAUCGACGGGCCACACAACCCUUUUCGAGACCAUAUUCUGCGACUAGCUGCAAACAGCCAGAGUCUGAGCCAUGCCAUUUGUGCUCUUGCAUCCUGCAAUCUCCGCAUGAAGAGGAAACUGAGUCUCGGACGUGAUACACGAGAACUUUCUGAGAAGUUGAUGGCUGACAAACAUGCCGCCGAAGCCAUGGCAGACACUCAGCCCGACGACCUGUCCCUCGCCGAGGAAUACCAACACCGUAACCUGGCUGUGCACCUAUUAAACGAGCAACUCAACGACCGGACGAAAGCCAUUCACGAUUCAGUCCUCGCUACGAUUCUCCUGCUGUGUCAUUAUCGCAUGGUUGAAUCCGGUGUCGCAAAGUUCCACACCCAGUUUGCCGGCGUGAACAAGAUUCUUGCUCUCCGAUCCCAAUAUCUCUCAGCAUCGAGUGAUUCGGCGUGGAUGGAAGCCAUCUUCAACUACUUUGACGCCAUUUCUGCUAGUAUCAACGAGCGCGAAGCCCAUGUUAACCCUGGCUUUGGAGGGAUGCCUGAUUCUCAACUGCUACCCAUCGGGACCGAAAACCUUGUGGGGUGUGAUCGUGAGCUUUUCGGAACCAUUAGCAAGCUUGGCCGUCUGAAUCUGCUAUCUCAAAAUCGCCCGGUACAAAAGUCAGCAGCCCCUCCAGGGUCUCAGGAGGCGCCUGAGCGAUCUCCCUCUUUAUCGUACAUAUCUCCACUGGGCCACGCUCGUCGAGAAUCUCUUACGGCAGGGUUUGAUGUGACAAGCGGCCGGAUGGCAACCAUGGGCAACGCCGCUCAACAUGAACUUGGCGGUAAUCAAUUCAACACGAUGCUCAAUGAGGAUUUAGCAGCGCCUGCAGAUACCCCAGCCACAUCCUACGAGGAGAACCGUUCCCUGUUUUGGCAUGAGUGGAAAGAAUCACGUCUCGCCCUCCAAAACUGGAAUUUCGAUGCAUCUCGGGUUGGCGCCUCGCUCCCUGCACCCUGUUCACAAAGCCAACUGCGAGAUCUGGAAUCACUCUCCGAAGCUUUUCGGUACGCUGCGCUGUUGUACACGGAGCGACUUGUGAGCCCUUCGUUACCUUCAGGCCACCAGAGCAUCCAGAGCCUUGUUAGCCAGGUUGUUUAUUACGCGACGAACCUGGACAUAGGCAGUAGCGCCGAGAAGUUUCUGCUCUGGCCCCUUUUCGUGGCUGGUUGUGAGUGCGUCAACGAACUGCAACAGAACAUGGUGCGGUCCAAGUGUCGAGAUAUCAUGUUCCGUUCUGGUUACAUGAACAACCUAGCGGCCCUCGAAGUGCUGGAGAAGUUGUGGGCCCAAGACUGGGUGGGAGAAGAGCCGUUGGCACUGGGAGCUAGGACGGGGGAUCAACGCGGGCCAUUCAACUGGACCAAAUGCAUCGGAGGACCCGGGGUGGAGGUGGAGUGGAUCAUGUUUUGA